GUGUGUGCUGAUGUUGCUGAGUUGCGCGCAUGCAGUGGGCGGUCCGCGCGUGAGAGAAAACCCCCGCGCGCGCUCCGUCUUGAUCAUCACAGUCCUCGCAGACUAGGGACUUCCAUCCGACCGCCUUCCCACCCUCAGCCCCAAACCCGAACCCAGAGCGUUUCAUGCGCGAUCGGAGGCGAUGCUGGAGUCCGGUGGCGGCGGUGGCGCGCGCGUGCUGAAGGAGGGCGCGCUGGAGAAGCGCAGCGACGGGCUGCUGCAGCUGUGGAAGAAGAAGCGCUGCGUGCUGACCGAGGACGGACUGAUGCUUCACCCACCCAAACACCACCACCACGACACCGGCUGCAAGGUGAAGGAGCUGCACUUCGCCAACAUGAAGACGGUGGACUGCGUGGAGCGCAAGGGCAAGUACGUGUACUUCACGGUGGUGAUGUCGGAGGGCCGAGAGAUCGACUUCAGGUGCCCGCAGGACGAGGGCUGGAACGCGGAGAUCACGCUGCAGAUGGUCCAGUACAAGAACCGCCAGGCGAUCCUGGCCGUCAAGUCCAGCCGGCAGAAGCAGCAGCUGCUCGUGGUCUCCGCGCAGAAGAUGCUCCGAAACGCGCAGUAGGACGUUCCCUCGCGUAUCGCGGGCUAGACGCGCAGAGCGGAGCUCGCGGGCGUCGCUUUUUAUUAGUGUCACCUCGUGCACUUGGACGCGCGCACGGACGCACUUCAUGCACUGAAAGACAUCACUUCUGAAUAACCAGCGGGAAUAUCUCCUCGGAGACUGUACGGGGGGCCGGGGCAAGUUGUCACAGCGACGUUCAGAGUCAAAAGUCCAUUUGCAUGAACGCUCGUGUAUUGUCCAGCUGUGCUUAUGCGACUUAAAUUAGGAUGGGUUCUGUGGAUUCUGCCCUUCAAAAGAGAACUGUAAUGAUUUAUGGGUAAUAUGCAUUUGGUGAAAUGUAAAACCAUGGUAAGAGUCAAAAAUAUAGAAGGUGAUUUCAGAUAAAUUGGGAAAAAUGUCCCAAUUAUCGUGAAUGAGCUACUAAUGAAGGUCCAAAUUUUUUUUUU